AAUCUGGUUCUGCAAUUACUGCUUCCUGUAUUGGUUUAGGGAACUCUACGACACCUCCACCCGGACAGGCAGGAAAACCAGUGCCAGGAUACAAUGUGAUGAUUCUGGAUGAAAAUAAGGAACCAGUGAAGGCGAAGACUCUAGGAAAUAUUGUGAUAAAGUUGCCUUUGCCUCCUGGAGCAUUCUCAGGUCUUUGGGAAAAUCAAGAAACAUUCCAGAAGUUGUAUUUCAAAAAAUAUCCAGGAUAUUAUGAUACUAUGGAUGCAGGUUGUAUGGAUGAAGAUGGCUAUUUGUAUGUCCUGUCUCGAGCCGAUGAUGUGAUCAAUGUUGCCGGACACAGGAUUUCAGCAGGUGCAAUUGAAGAGUGUAUUCUCUUCCAUCAUGCUGUGGCUGACUGUGCUGUUGUGGGCCAGGAGGAUCCUUUAAAAGGACAUGUUCCUUUUGCAUUGUGUGUACUGAGAGAAGGUAUAAAGGCAGAAGAGGAAAAGAUUUUGGAAGAGAUUGUUGAACGAGUUCGAACUAACAUUGGUCCAGUAGCAGCUUUUCAGAAGGGAGUGUUUGUGAAACAGCUGCCAAAAACGCGCUCUGGCAAGAUCCCACGUUCAGCUCUUUCUGCACUUGUCAGUGGAAAGCCAUAUAAGAUAACACCGACCAUUGAAGAUGCUAGCAUGUUUAAACACAUUGAAGAAGUGCUAAAGAAAAACUAA